UUUCCGAAGAUCAUCCGAGAAUGAAUCCUGAUUCGCGUAUGUUUGUUCCCCUCUUCAUUCUGUUCGCGUUGAUCCUGGCCACUCUUUGGGGUUUGAUCAAUCGCCAGGGCCUGAUUGAAGCGUAUCAUAAGCAGUUGCAUGGGGAUCCGAAUGCAGUUGGCGUUGAGUGGAUGGAUAAGCUUGCACAGCUUACGGAUCCUAUCAGUGCGGUUGUUGCCAUGGCCGACAAAGAUAAUGCAGGGAUGAAAUCAGAGAAUACCCCAGUAAACAAAAAUCUACUAGGGUAUAAAAAUGCAACCAAUCCGCCUGUGAAUCAGAACUCAGACGAAAAGAAGGAGGAGCAAGAACUACUGCUGAAAGAUCAUAAGCAAGAAAAAGUCGAUGAACCACAAGACAAAAAUAUGCGCAAGGUACGAAUAGUCCCCGAUUUGGACUUGAGGCGUGAGUUUGCCAGCGAUAGAGCCAAUCCCUAUAUAGAGAAUAUCAAUGAGAACUACGACAUGACUUCCCAGUAAUUGAGUCUCCCUCAAUAAGAAACUAAAUAUAUUUUGCAUAAAGUUCGAGUGCGUUGACCUUCCCUGAGAAAUUAUUGAAAUAA